ACAGCGAGGGCUGAUAAAAGCCAUCAUGGCCGCCGGGGAUGCAAACAAAAUUUUGAACGGGGGAAUAAAAUCAUGUAAAGUGAAGGAAAAUGGGUUCCACAAUGGUGUAACCAAUGGCCAUGUGGUGAAUAAAGAUGCUGGGGACAAGGCAGAAUCAUGGCAAACUUCAUUCUAUGAAAGUUUUGAAGAGACUCCGCUGUGGGUUGCUGUCAUCACAUACAUUGGUUAUGCCUUCCUCAUCGUGUUUGGCCAUAUCAGAGAUUUUAUGAGGAACAAGGGAUUGGAAAAGACACAUUCCGCGAAAGAAAAUAAGAAAUUGUGUGGUUUUGUUCCGCUGUAUCAAAGCUUUGAAAGUUUCUACACCCGAAACUUGUACAUCCGAAUUCGAGAUUGUUGGAACCGGCCAAUUGGAAGCGUGCCUGGUGCAGAAAUUGAGCUCCUGGAUAGAAAAUCCCCCGAUUAUGGAUGGAAUUUUGAGUUUGCAGGGUCGCGCACCAAGGCCCUCAACAUGGGAUCCUACAACUACCUUGGAUUUGCCGAAAACCAUGGGAUAUGUGCCAAUGAGUCAAUUGAAGCAACCAAAAAGUUUGGCCUGGGCGUGUCAAGUGCUCGCCAGGAAAUUGGCACAGUUGACAUUCACCAGCAACUUGAAGAAUUGGUUGCAGAAUUCGUCAAUCAGGAGGCUGCCAUUACAUUCGGCAUGGGCUUUGCCACCAAUUCAAUGAACCUCCCAGCUCUAGUUGGACAGGGUUGCCUUAUCCUGAGUGAUGAAUUGAACCAUGCAUCUCUUGUCCUCGGAUCGAGAUUGUCCCACGCUGUAAUCAAGACUUUCAAACAUAACGAUAUGAAAAAUCUGGAGUUCCGUCUACGUGAAGCUGUGAUAUAUGGUCAACCUCGUACCCAUCGUCCAUGGAAGAAAAUCCUGAUAGUCGUUGAAGGAAUAUACAGCAUGGAAGGCUCUAUUGUAAAACUCCCAGAAGUUGUGGCAUUGAAGAAAAAAUACAAGGCGUACAUUUACUUGGACGAAGCGCACAGUAUUGGUGCCAGUGGACCAACAGGAAGGGGCAUUGUUGAAUACUUUGGACUUAAUCCCAGGGAUAUCGAUAUUAUGAUGGGCACUUUCACCAAAAGUUUUGGCGCAUCUGGGGGCUACAUCGCUGGAUCUAAGAAAAUCAUUGAUCAUCUUCGUAGCCACUCACACAGCGCCAUCUAUGCGACGAGUAUGUCACCAGCGGUGGCACAGCAGGUCAUCACGAGCAUGAGGAUGAUCAGUGGAAAGGAUGGUAGCGGAGAGGGUAAGAGACGAAUCGAUCAGCUUGCCUGGAACACGCGGUAUUUCCGCCGACGGCUUCACGAGAUGGGAUUUAUCAUCUAUGGUAAUAAAGAUUCGCCUGUCGUACCCUUGAUGUUAUUCAUGCCGGCCAAAAUUGCUGCGUUUGGUCGUGAGACCCUCAAGCGAGGAUUGGCGACUGUUGUUGUUGGAUUUCCUGCCACUCCCAUUAUCGAGUCCAGGGCACGUUUCUGCUUAUCGGCCGCCCACACUAAAGAGAGUCUAGAUUUUGCACUUGGGGUUAUCAGCGAAGUUGGUGACUUGUUGAAGUUGAAGUACUCUAACAAACCAAAAGAUCCUGGAUUUUCGGAAUCAGAUAAAGGAUUCUUUGCUGCUCAUCUGUCCAAAGAGCUGUCCGGAUCAAACUGAGCCAGAAGUAGACCAAGAAAUCGUUGCUCACAGCUGAACCAAUGUACACCCAGCACUACACCGAACCAGUACAUUUAACUUUAUCAAACGUAAUCUUCCAUGAUAGUAUGAUGUUUACAGAGACAGUAUCAGUUCUUUUGUAAAACGAUUGGUGAUAUAUUUUCUAUAAUUUAUUAUAUGCAUACUUGGUAAUGAUCUUGACUUAGUAAAAUAUUUAUUCCUUUUUUUUCUGGUGACACACAGAUGUGCUAAGAUUUAAGUAUUAAGGGACUCUACUAUAUUUCCAUACAACUACUGGUGACAAUUACUGGUGACAUUUGCCUCAAAGAAAGUUAAAAGGUUGAACAAAACCAAUCAUUAUUCAAUCGACAAUCGCCACAUCACUGGCCAGUACAUACCUCGGCAAUACAAUAACAUUACCUGGAGUCAGAUUUCAUCAAAGUAGAAAUAUGCAGAGUGGAAGACAACAUGUUUUCUUUGAGGUGGGUGCUACCAUAAGUCAUUGACUAAUGCGAGGCAUUUGGUGCAACGCAGUAAUCACUGUGUAUUAUCUGAUGAGCCCAAACUUCAGAUUUCAUGCUUUAAUAAUUCAGAAAUGGGAACAGCUGUGAAAUAUUUUGUCCUUAUUUCUAAAAGUGCCAAUUCAGGUCUUACAUCUGAUACAAGCCCUAGGCCCUGAAUCGGCAGGUCCAGGGCCUGAUACCCAGACUCGGUGGACUUUGUUAUGUGUUGCGGGCAUUCAAUAUAUUAAACAUACUUGAUGUAGUGUAAUCAGUUUUACUAGUAUUAUUACUAGUAUUAUAUUAAGCACUAAUGUGAUAAUUUCUCUUAGUUGGCAAUUCUGCUCUGAGAUAGAGGAAUGUGUCAACAUUUGUAAAUAGUAAUCUUACUUGUUCUGGAGAACAAGGGAUUGGCAUACUGUAAACCCAUAAUUCUUCGCAAGCUUCUUAUUUUACUGAUUUUAAUUUCCACUAACAAAAUAUUUUGGCAGCAAAUUCAGGUCUUUUCAACUGAUUAUUUAAGAGAGUGCCAAUAGUAUUUUCAAUAUGAGAAAGGGUUUGCAGUGCAUUUUAUGCUUUCUUUCUGUUUUCUCCACAGUUGAACAUGUUGAAGGGAUUAUCGUCUGCUCUUAACAAUGCCCCUUUGUUUCCCAUGCCUGUGUCUGUGUCAAAGCAGGCAUGAAUGAACCUGUCCCAAAUGUAGACUCUAUAACUCAUUUCUAUAGUAUUUUGUUACACGAGCUUCUGAAUCCAAUGCUACAUAAUCGAGAGUUUGGCUGACUAGAGGUAUAUUUUCAUACAUGUAGGCGUUGAAAACAUAAAAGUGGGGCGAAAAAGGUGGCUGUGCGAAAUUCUCUUUAAACAUGUUAAAUAGAGUUUUACGCGGCUACUGAGCACUUUGUCUACUGCUGCUCCUGACCUAACCCCUGUCGCGAUUAAUCCGAUGAAAUGCUUACGUCUGCUUCACUUUGCUACAUAAUACAGCCUGCUGAACACUGCAUAUUUAUUCUGAUCAAAAGAUUUUUAUUUUGUAAAUACGCACAUAUCAAACAUGUAAACAUGUAUUUGCCCAUGUGUAAAUAUUCUGCUUUUGGCAAUUUCACUCAACCUAUAACAGAACCAAAUGAUUGGUGCAACCAUUUAUAAUCAAAAUGGCAGCAUGUAUAGUAAAGGCCUUUGUGUUAAAUUGGUUAAGGACUUUCGAGAUUUGCGGCUGAGAGCUAAGGGCACUUUGGACGAUUGUCAAAAAGUGUCACAUUGUCCUUACAAUAAAUGUAUAAUUAAUGGGACUGGGAUGUUAAAAGUGAAGACUGAAGACUAAUUUAUUCUUUGUUAUCUGUCUGAUUUUGUAGUACAGUUGUGAACUUUACAUCCGUUCUUGUAUGAUGAUUUGUUUUGAGGUUAAUCUGCGAAUAAUCCUCAAAGAUCAUUUUAUUUCAAGACCCACUGAUUAUGUGCAUCUUUUGUCUUUCAUGAACACCUUACAUUUACUUUCUAUCAUUCCACGAAAUAUAUAAUUGUCCAGGUGACAGGUCCAAUCAGCGUCACACGUUUCUGUUGAUCUCAUGCUUACAAAAUGUUGUAAACGUGGAGUGUAGUAUGUGUAUCACAACAAUGAAGAGGCUCUUUCAUAUUUACCAGACGUGUACAUGUACAUGUAGUAUGUGUAUCACAACAAUGAAGAGGCUCUAUCAUAUUUACCAGAUGUGUACAUGUACAUGUAGUAUGCGUAUCAGAACUAUGAAGAGACUCUUUCGUAUUUACCAGAUGUGUACAUGUACAUGUAGUAUGUGUAUCACAACAAUGAAGAGGCUCUAUCAUAUUUACCAGACGUGUACAUGUACAUGUAGUAUGUGUAUCACAACAAUGAAGAGGCUCUAUCAUAUUUACCAGACGUGUACAUGUACAUGUAGUAUGUGUAUCACAACAAUGAAGAGGCUCUAUCAUAUUUACCAGACGUGUACAUGUACAUGUAGUAUGCGUAUCAGAACUAUGAAGAGACUCUAUCAUAUUUACCAGAUGUGUACAUGUACAUGUAGUAUGCGUAUCAGAACAAGGAAGAAUAUUUACCAGAUGUGUAGUAUCAAAAAUUGCAUAUGUAUGUAUAAGUUCACGGAACUCGAAUAGUUCUAAGUUUUGAAAUACCUCAGUGUUACACGUACCACUUCUCUUGUAAAAAUAUAUUAUGUUCUCCACCAUGAGAUAAUUGUGACAGAACAACCGGGGUGUGGUUUCUCCAAUCUGUAUUGACAAGCAUUGGUUGAUCUAUUGAUCUAUUAAUCUAACCUAUUGACUGGUAUUGAUGUUGGGGAGGUACUUGCCGCUGAGUUUAUCCUCUCAGUAUUAUAAAUGUUGUAAAAAUCUUAUAAAAAUCCCUUUAGCAAGAAUUUCUUGGACGCGUUGUGUUAGAUCUCAGGACAUAUAUAGGCGCCAUAAAUAGCUCAGAACCGUGAAGUAUAAUAUUUGGUCUUUUCUAGAAAGCAUGCAAGGUCCCACACCUACCCUUGGUUCUUUCAAUUCAACGUGAGACAACAUAUUAUUGUUGGGACCUUGUGUGUACGUACCUAUGUAUUAUCACUUAAAUUUCAUUGGGAAUAACGUCAUGAUUUGAAUGGCAGUAAUACACAGGACUUGGCAGUGAUAUAAUCUUCUGACAUGAACAAUGAUGUACUCUAAACGACAGGAGUCUGAGAGAAGAACAUCAUUAUUGUAACCAUAUCCCAUUCUUUUAGUAUUUAAUUCAAAGGUCAUGAAUUUCUGUUUGUUAUUGUGUUCUGUACAUAUCGUGUAAUAUAAGUUUUCCAUGCGUUUGUUUGAUGUUGCAAAUUGCCCAAUGUUGUUUUCAGAGUGAUAAUUGGGAGAAGCCUUGGGUCCAGGCUUUUCCAGAAGAUAGCCCAGGUGACUUGAGAACAAGGGAGAGCGAUAUCUGUUGGCGACUUCAUGUAACGUAAUCUGGCCCAUGUGGCUCCUACCUAUAGUCUCCCUUUAAGAACUAGCUUGCAUUGACUCUCUGUGAUGAGAUUUUUUCUGAUAAAGAUGGGUCAAAAUCAUCAAAAUGGAUGGUGUAUGAUAUCUGAUUAAAUAUUCCGUCCUUUGGUAGCAACACUAACCCAUCAAAUGUUAAUCGAUCUAUUAAUUUGACUGAGUCCUGCUCUGGCUUUGAUUGAUAAAAUUGAGAAGACGAAAGGUUUUUCUGGGUUAUGAUCGAAUCUGUUUAUGACACAUUGAUGAUGAACAUGAUUCACAGAUGAGUCAAUAAAAAAGUUCAAAUUGGGAUCGUCUCGAAAUUCAUUGAAGCCAAAAAGCUGGUACAGCUUAAAUUUAUUUAGAGACUGACACCUGAGCACUGCAUGUUUCAGUUCCUUUGCUAAAUCUUCUCACUUCGUCCAAUGUUAAUAAGAAGCACAUGUAGAUAUCUUCUAUUUUCAAUACUUUGGUUGACCCUGUUCCGAGGAAAGAAUUGUGUGUUGAGUUUAUGAAAGUUCAAUUUUAAACCGUUUGCUUUUUGAAUAAGAUACAUGUAUAUAUUUGUAGAUUUUUAGUGUAUUGUAAACCCUAAUAUUUGUGCGAGCCAAAUAUUUUCAGAGUAGGUGCUCAAUGUGAAGUGUCUGUUUUAUCUUUCUUAAAACCAUUUGCUCGCUGAAGUCUUUGAAGUGUUAUUGGAUGAAGAUUUUGCUAAAAUGUCUGGAGUUCACAGUUUUGUUGGUAAAUCUACAUUUAUAAAUAGCUCAUUGUAAAUAGCUCAUUGUAAAUAGAUUUAAAGAUAGGUUAUUGUGGUAAAAAUUGAAAAAUUUAGAUGCGAAAUGCCUUGCCUUGCCUUCAACACCAGGAGAGUAGUGACUCAGGCACGUGCCUUAGUCCUCUCCCCUCUAGCAUCUCAAGUCGAUUUUCCAUGGUCCUUUGGGUGACCUGGCCCAUAAGGAGUUGUGUCUUGGUAUUACCACAAUCAUCUCAUUUUUUCAUAUUGGCAAUUACAUGUAUUAGUCUUUGCAUCUGGACUCAUCAAUUAUAACUAAGAGAUUGUACAGCAAAGCAUGUGCUGUUCAAGUGUGUAUAUGCACAGUGAUAGGAGAUUGGUUUUAUUUUUGUCAAACACCAAUCAAUGUCCGUGGUACAGAUGUUUCUCUGGCCCAAAAAGCUAUGCAUACACAUACUGGAUGGCUUCUAAAAUGUGUUUAGGAGUUAUCAUUCUCAGUCUGCUGUUUUGAUAAAGAGCAAGCACAGUGGUCAUUUUAUGUACCAAGGUCCUAGAAAUAGCAAGAUGCCAAUUUUCUACCCUGCGGACUGAUAGCUUUGUCAUCUGUUUAUUAACUUGAUAAUGUAGAUUUUGCAAGAUGAGUUAUGGCAUUGAAAUAUUCACCCAUAUUUUUUCACGGAAAAUGGCAAUGUUCACGUGUUUUGUGACAGCUUUGCACACUGCUAUGCAUUCAGUUAUUCUAUCCUUUAGCUAACACGAGAAAUGCUGUAAAAACCAGUUUAGUGCUUAGAGAUUGUGGUAGCUAUCUAAUAAAUUUCUGAUGUUUAGAA